AUGUCGUCUGUAAGAGCCCAAUUUGCAGAGGUACAAGAACAAUUAAAUCAAGUUCACAGUUUAGUUGACAGUAACACUCCAUCCGAUUUAAAUAAAGCUGCAACAAUUUUAAAAUCAUUAUUACCAGUUUAUAAAGAUUUAAGUGGAAAUGAAGAAAGUAAAAGACCAGAGAAUUUAGAGAUAUUGAAAGAGAUUAAAUCUAGAUUAACAGAAGAGACACAACGUGUUAUGAGUAAGAAAGAGGAGGCUAAAUCAUUACAAAUUCAACAACAACAACAACAACAACAAUUAUUACAACAACAACAACAACAACAAAUUCUAGAGAGCACCACUAGAAAUAGACAAGCGUCACAACAAGAAUUACCAAAACCACCGAUUCUCAGUGGUUACUUAAAGAAACAAGGUGAUAAAGGUUUAGUAAGGUCGUUCAAAAAGAGAUGGUUUCUACAACGUGAUACUAAACUAUUUUACUAUGAAAAGGAGGGUGAUUCCGAACCGUACGGGUUUGUUAAUCUUCCUGAAAUGAUUAAUGUGAAAACAGUGGAUUCAGGUUUCGAACUAGCAACACCAUCUCGUGUUUAUGUAUUCCAAGUUUUCAAACCAUCAGAUUUAACUUAUUGGACCGAAGGUUUAAAAGAAUUUAAAAAGUAUUAUCAAUCAUUACAAAAUUCUCAAAAGUUUGGUGCAAAUGCAAAUGGUAAUGGUAAUAGUUCACCAAAUAUGUCAUCAUCAGGUUCAUAUUCUGAUUUUCGUAAAUAUUCAGAAUCAUCUCAACAACCACUUAACUCAAGUACUGGUGCUAUAAAUACUACACCACAACGUGGCACACCAAUUAAAGAUCGUAGAGGUACUGUAUCUGGUGGUACAACAGAGUAUUCUCAUUCUUCCUCUUCUACAGCACCAGAUUCACCAACAUUAUCUUCAAGUUAUGUUCCACCACCAUCAUCAUCAAAUUUAAAUCCACAAGAUGAAGAAUUAAAAAGACGUGAAAAUGAAAUCAUUAGAAAACAUCAAGAGAAAUUAAAACAACAAGACGAUCAACAACAAGAUGAUAAACAACAACAACAACAACAAUCACAAGAACCACCGCAACAACAACAACAACAACAGGAACAAUUACAAUCACAACCAUCACAACAACAACAACAACAACAACAACAACAACAACAACAACAACAACAACAACAACAACAACAACAACAACAACAACAACAACAACAACAACAACAACAACAACCUCCACAAACUUCACCACAAAAUAGUAGACAUGGUAGUACAAAUUAUUCACAACUUCAACAACAACAACAACAACCACAACAACAGCCACAACAACAAUCAUCACCACAAGUUAUAAUAAGUAAUAAUAAUUCACCAAGAUUUGAAUCACAGCAACAACAAAAUAAUUUUCAUAAUAAUGGAUCAAAUAUAAAUUUAGAAUCAUUUAGACAAUCUAUUGAAGAUGAAUUAAAUAAAAAGUUUUUAAAAGAGAAACAAGAUUUAAUGGAAUUUGAAAUUAAAAAGAGAUUAGAAAUUGAAAGUGAAAUUAAAAAACUUCAAUUACAAUUGGACCAAACUAAAACAGAUGCUGAAGAGAAACAAAAUAAAUCAAGUAAUGAAUUGAAAAAGAAAAAAGCUGAAAUUGAGGAUUAUGAAGCUAGAGUUACAAUCAUUACAAAAAGAAAUGAAGAGAUGGAUGCAAAGAUAAAAGAAUUAGAAUCAUCUAGACCAGUUGAAACUUUCCCACAUGAAUUCCUUUGGACUGAAGAAGUUAAUUCAAGAGAUCUUUUAAUUGCAUCACAAUCAAAACGUAUUCUAGAAUUGGAGGAACAAUUAAAACUUAAAGAUAAUGCUGUCACUGUAAUAAAAAGAGAGAAUGAAAUGUUAAGACAAGAAACUGAGAAAAAAGAUAAAUAUAUAAAUGAAUUACUUGAAAAAGGCGGUGGUAGUGGAAUUCAUACAAAUAGUAAUAACAAUAAUAAUAGUAAUAAUAAUAAUAAUAAUAGUAAUAAUAAUUCAAAUACUGAUAAAAUUAAAGAAUCAAUGGUUGCUCAUCAAACUCAAAAUGCUUUCUUACUUCAAGAGAUUCAAAGAUUGGAAACUCAAAGUCAAUUCAAAUUGGAUAUUAAAAUACAACAAAUUGAAGAACUUGAGAAUCAAUUAGAACAACAACUUUAUCAAUUCCAUCGUUUCCGUGAGGCAAUCAUUGGUACUAUGUCAAACGAAUAUUGUGUAAAGAUUGAAAAAGAAAAUUUAGAUGUCAAAAAAGAAUAUUUCCAAUCACUUGGUGUAUCUAUCAAAUUACAUAGAGUUAAAGAAGGUUAUUUCGCCAAUAUCGAUAUUAAUUCAUUAUUUGAUAAAGUUAUAAAAGAAAAUGUACAUUAUAGAAAUUGGCCAGAAUGGAUUUCAAAUCAAUUUAAUCAAGCUUAA